UCUGCUAUUAGCCCACUUCAAGCCUCACACUCAUAUACGGAGAAUCCCAAAGCGAGUUGCAGAGAGAAGACAGAAAAUAGAUCAUAGAUAGAUACAGAGAAGAAAAGAAAAAUCAUGUGCCCGACCAAGGAAAAACACCGCUGUUCCGGCUCCGAUUGUACUGGUUCCAGAUCCUCUUCCAACGCCACCACUGCUACUGCAACCACUGGUUGGAUCUCCGAGGCAACCGAUGGCGGAUCCUUGCGGCGAGUGGACCUCGAUAAUGGAGCCAACGGCUGGGCGUCACCUCCAGGUGACCUUUUCUCUUUGCGGUCUAAAAACUACUUCACUAAACGACAGAAAUCGCCUUCCGGCGAUUACUUACUAUCUCCUGCCGGCAUGGACUGGCUCAAGUCCUGUACCAAACUCGACAACGUACUAGCCCGACCCGACAACCGUGUGUCCCUCGCGCUCAAAAAGGUUCAGUCUCAAGGAAAAUCUAUGAAAAGUUUUAUUUUCGCUGUUAACCUGCAAGUUCCAGGUAAGGAACAACACAGUGCGGUGUUUUACUUUGUCAGUGAAGAUCCUAUCCCUCCCGGUUCACUGUUGUAUCGGUUUAUCAACGGGGAUGACGCGUUUAGGAACCAGCGGUUUAAGAUUGUGAAUCGCAUUGUGAAAGGUCCGUGGAUCGUGAAGAAAACGGUAGGGAACUAUAGUGCUUGCUUAUUAGGUAAAGCUUUAACCUGUAAUUAUCAUAGAGGUGCCAAUUAUUUGGAGAUUGAUGUGGAUAUAGCGAGCUCGAAGAUCGCCACCGCUAUUUUACACCUCGCAUUGGGAUAUGUGACCAACGUGACUAUUGAUAUGGGAUUUGUGGUGGAGGCACAGGCAGAGGAUGAGUUGCCUGAGAAAUUAAUCGGUGCAAUUAGAGUUUGCCAGAUGGAGAUGUCAUCGGCGACAGUCGUUGACGCUCCGACACCGACGGUGGCGCGUGGAAUAAGUUUAGCCAAGGUUAACAAUCAUGAAUCCGGCGACGAAGACGCCGACGAAGACUGAUUAUUAAAAAUGUGAAAGAAUGCUAUUUAAUUUUUCUCCUCAUUUACCCCAUUUUUAUUUUUAUUUUAGUUUAAUUUGAAAGGCUCUUGUUAUCCUCUAUUUUAUGAGUUGGAGUCCCUUUUUUAUAGGGAUUGAUGGUUGUAGAUAAUAAAAACGGUGACAAAUAAGCAUAAUAACGAUAUUAACCUUUAUUCUCCGCCA